UAUCAACUCUCUGAUACACUCUACAAGCUCAUAACUACCAUGUCUACUGAAGAGGACGAUUUCGCGCCCAACACUACUCCUGGCUACAGGCCAAGUGCCGCGAAGACUAUCGAUGAGUAUGCCAAGCUCGAUGCAGAGGAUGAGAGUCUGGCGCGCUGGAAAGCUAGUCUGGGUCUUGGUACAGGAGCCGUUGGCGACACGAGCAAGCCCAAGGUUGAAGUGUUGACCUUGGAACUCACCUCUCCUUCCUUGCCUGAAGGGAAAACGAUCACGGUCGACCUGAAGAACGCUGAUCAGCUUGCUCAGCUGAAAGCGGCACCGCUUCAAGUCAAGGAGGGCGCCGAGUACAAUGUAUACAUCAGUCUUCAGGUUAACCACUCUCUUGUUACUGGCUGUCGGUACAUCCAAGUUGUGAAGCGUGCGGGGAUCAAGGUCGAGAAAGUGGAUGCCAUGCUUGGUUCAUACGGUGCCCAACCAGAUCCGCGCCGCGUCUCGGUCGUCCAGGACGAGUUCCCAUCGGGAAUGCUUGCUCGCGGUGUGUACAACGUGAGGAGUCGUGUCACGGAUAUUGAUGGAGAGGUGUAUGCUGAGUGGGACUGGCUGUUCAAGAUCGGCAAGGAGUGGUGAAGAAAGGCCUCAUGGAAGAAUGUAUUUUUUUGACACCCUGGUCUCUUGCAUUUAUACCUACUCCUUCUCUAUCUCACCUACGAGCGCGAACGCCAAUGUACUGCUCUGAACUGAAAUUUACACAAACAUGCUUUGCUG